AUGAGGAUCAUCAUCUUUGCGUUUGCCGCCGCCGUUCUGGUUCUGGCCGUUGCCGACAACAACUGUCCAUGCUCGUCGGAAUAUCUACCUGUCUGCGGAUCGAACGGCAAGACUUAUCCGAACCUGUGCUCGCUGCAGUGCGACCAGAAGAACGACACGUCGCUGAAGUUGCUGUACACGGGAAAGUGCGGAUUUCCCACCGAAAUGGAGACCAGAGAUUCGCAGUGUCCAUGCACGAAGGAGGUGAAUCCGGUGUGCGGAAACAACGAAGUGACGUACGCGAAUCCUUGCCUGCUGAGAUGCGAGCAGAAGACCGACGGUGUCCUCCAAUUCUUGUACCCUGGUAACUGCGGAGUACCUGUUUUCGAUUGCCCGUGCACCAGGGACUUGAAUUCGGUGUGCGGCACCAACGGUUUCACCUAUACCAACCCUUGUCUCUUCAGAUGCGCCAAGGAGACCUUCGAUUCCAUCGGGGUCGCCUACAGCGGCGAGUGCGGAAACCCGAGGGAAUCCAGGAACGUGGACUGUCCCUGUUCAUUCGGCUACUUGCCAGUUUGCGGCAGCAGCGGCGUGACUUACGACAACAAAUGUCUGUUGGAAUGCGACCAGAAACGCGACACAACACUUACUUUACUCCACUACGGAUUUUGCGAAUAA